ACUUUUAACUUUUCCAGCAGACUACAACUCCCAGAAUGCAUUGCGCCGUGAUCUCGGUAUCCAUCCGCCACUCGGUUAAAGUAGCUUUUCGCCCUCUCUUUCCUCCGGUUUGAUUGUUUUUUCAGUCCGGUUAUAGAGGAGGGGGCGGCGGGUGUGUGCAGGAGCGGUCCCGGAGGUGAGGGGGCCCGUUAUACCGGCUCGGUCACCGCGGAGGGACACCGCUCUGAGGUGAGGAAGUGAGCCUGUCAGUUUUCGCGCCUUUUCUGUGGGCGCGGGGGAUUGUGGGAGCGGCGGAGUGUUUGGAUACAGACCGGGGACCGGGACAUCCGCCGCCGCCGCCGCCGCCAUGCAGAGAGAAGACCCCGAGUCCUCCAACUCCUCGGACGGCGGCCCCGGGGAUGCGGUGCGGACCGAGCUGGACGGACUGUGCCGGGAGCUGAACCUGGACCAGGAGACGGCGGCCGAGACCAUGAGCGACUUCACCCGGACAUGGAGCACCUACAGCCUGGAGGGCGAUGUGAAGCACUGGUUGGCUUGUGCGUUGUACGCCGCGUGUCGAAAAAGCGUCAUCCCGACCGUCGGAAGAGGCGUCAUGGAGGGUAACGGGGUGUCUCUCACCCGGAUUCUCCGCUCUGCCAAGUUGAGCCUGAUCCAGUUCUUUAAUAAGAUGAAGAAAUGGAUGGACAUGUCCAACCUCUCCCACGAGUUCAGGGAGCGGGUGGGGAGGCUGGAGAGGAACUUUGAGGUCUCCACUGUCAUAUUCAAGAAGUUCGAACCAAUAUUCAUGGAUUUAUUUCAAAACCCGCACGAAGAACCCCCGAGACUGCCCAGGAGCAGGAAGCAGAGGAAACUGCAGUGUAAUGUUAAAGAUCUCUUCAACUUCUGCUGGACGCUGUUUGUGUACACCAAAGGCAAUUUCAGUCUGAUAGGAGACGACUUGGUGAAUUCUUACCACUUACUCUUGUGUUGUCUGGAUUUAGUCUAUUCCCACUCCUCACUCUGUCCCCAUAAGAACGAUUUACUCAAUCCAUCAUUCACAGGUUCACUUUAUCUUCUUGUUCAUACAGCUAAGCUGUCAUCCUGUGAAGACGAUGGUGAGGACCCCCCGUGUAUCAUCAGCGCCUUGUGUGACCAUUACGAUGGACUUACAGUCGAAGCUAAAGGAAUAAAGCAAUUUUACUUCAAGCCCUACAUUGCCAAACUCUAUGAUAGGAAGAUCAUAAAAGGAGACUGCAUGCUGGACCUUUCAAGUUUCACAGACAACAAUAAAGCCCUAAAUAAGGAGUACGAAGAAUACGUCCUUACAGUGGGAGACUUCGAUGAGCGGGUGUUUUUGGGAGAUGAUGCCGAUGAGGAAAUUGGGACUCCGAGGAAAUUUUUGCCUGAGUUUCCUCCAGGGAACUGUACGCCGAGGAAGAAUUUGGAGUCCAGCCUCCAGCAGCACUUUGAGAAGAGAAGAUCUUUUGCGCCAUCUACUCCAUUAACUGGUAGGCGAUACCUGAAGGAGAAGGAGGCGGUCAUCACUCCGGUCUCAUCAGCAACGCAGUGCGUGACCCGGCUGCAGAGCAUGGUGACCGGACUCCGCAAUACCCCUAGUGAACAGCUUAUUCACAUGUUUAAAACAUGCGCUCGCAAUCCCAUGGUGCAUAUACUGCACACUGUGAAUGACGUUCAGAAACUCUUCUGUCAUCAUUACACUCAGCCGUCAGGAGAUCAGCCGGGCUCUCAUAUUGACUUUGCUGUUAAUCGUUGGAAAUUGGCCGAAAUUUUAUACUACAAGGUGUUGGAGUCCAUUGUUCUUCAAGAAACCAAGAGACUUCAUGGGAAAGACUUGACGGCACUGCUGGAACAAGAAAUCUUCCACAAGUCGCUGCUCACCUGCUGCCUUGAGAUCGUGCUGUUUGCUUACAGUUCUCCCCGAAAAUUUCCUUGGACCAUUGAAGUUCUCGAUCUGAGUCCUUUCAAUUUCUAUAAGGUGAUUGAAGUUUUCAUCCGCUCGGAGGAGGGGUUAUCACGAGACAUGGUGAAGCACCUGAACAGCAUCGAAGAACAGAUCCUGGAGGAGCGAGCCUGGAGCGGCAGCUCUGUCCUAUGGGAGCUACUCCAGGCCUCUGAGACCGUGCCCACCUGUGAGGAAGUGAUAAUACCGAGCAACUUUGAAACUGGCAAUGAAGCGGGUUUAGGGCACCUCCCUAUGAUGCCCGCUUCACCCAUCAUUCAUCCUCGCUUAAAAGAAGUCCGCACCGAUCUCGGAGGCUCUUGCAGAAGAGAUCUGCAGCCGUUGUCUCCGCUUUCUGUUCAUGAGCGCUACAACUCUCCCACCGCCGGCAGCGCCAAAAGGAAACUCUUCGGGGAUGAUGGCCCGAAGGAGUUGCCGGUAGAAAAAUUGCACGCCACACCGGAGAUCACCAGGAUAAGAUUCGUUCCACCAUGUCAGCCCCCUGAACAGAUGUGUGUGUCCCCGGAUAGGACACUGUUGUCUGUUCAGAAGGUGAAUGUGACAGGUUUUCAAAAUGAAACCGUCCUGCGAUCUUCACAGCCGCUCGGUGAAAAUGGCGUUCAGGUCCCCUUGACGGCUCAGGCCUUGUUCAACCCUAAAACUCAGGUUUUCCGAAGCCAAGAUGUAUGUCCUACAUCCGCCAACAAGCCCAAGAGGACGGGCUCUCUGGCUCUGUUUUUCAGGAAGGUGUACCAUUUGGCCAGCGUUCGCCUAAGAGACUUGUGUCUGAAGCUUGACUUGCCUAAUGACUUAAGACGUAAGAUUUGGACCUUGUUUGAGUACUCGCUGGUUCACUGCACGGAUCUGAUGAAGGACAGACACAUCGAUCAGCUCCUGUUGUGUGCAGUCUACAUUAUGUCAAAGAGUGAUGGAAGCGCCAAUAUGGACGAUGCCAUGAAAAGCUUUAAGAGCUUCUUUCACUGGCCUGGUUUCAUAGAAGACCUUGACAUAGAAGGGGUAACAAAGGACGAGAGGCUUUUUCAUGACAUCAUGAAAUGUUACAGGAAUCAACCUCAAGCAGAAAGCCGUGUGUAUAGGCACGUAUUACUGAAAAAACUGCCUGAUGGGCCGAAAAGUGACACCGGAUCCAGCCAAGAUGUGGAGAUGGUUGACUGUGAUUCCAAUGAUUCCCAAACGUUCCUAAAGGAAGCUGCAGGUGCCAGCGAACAGGAAAGAGGAGACUUGAUAACAUUUUAUAACAAUGUCUAUGUGGAACGAGUGCAGCUGUUUGCACUGAAAUAUGCCGUCAGUACUGGCGAUCAUCUGGUGGCAGCUCCUCCAUUGUCUCCGUUCCCCAGCAUCAGACAGCAGGCGGUUUCACCCCGUCGCGUGUCUCAGCAGCAUUCCAUAUAUGUGUCUCCACAUAAAAACACGAGCUGUCUCACCCCGCGCUCUGCUGCACUUCUAUAUAAGUUCAAUGGAAGUCCUUCUAAAAGCCUAGAAGAUAUCAACAGCAUGAUCAAACAGGACCACAGGAGUCGCAAGCGAGCGAUAACCAUCGACAGCGACCCCGAAUCUCCCGCCAAGAGGAUGUGCGCAGAGAGCGACGACGUGCUGAUAAAACGCCUCCAAGACGUUGUGAGCGAGCGGGCCAUCCGUUAGCUGUUGUCUCUUUGUCUGACGUUUUCAUGUACAUUGCACUGUUUUAAUAGCUGCGUGUUCUUCUGCGAGUCUGUGCAAUCUCUAUGUAUUUUUUUUUUUUAUGCAGCAUUGUAGCCAUUUUAAUCUUUUAUAUUCUCUAAUGCUAUUUUUUUUGUUUUUGUUUUUUUACAGGUUUAACCCCCUCCAAGCAGAUAUGUUUUUAAAAUUUUAUCUGUGUUAAAAAGUUAAUUAUUAUGCUGUGCAUCAUGGAGAACUCUACUAAUGCAGUGGUCUCCAAACUACAUAACUACAACUUCCACUUUAUACCAGUGUUUCCCAACCAGGGUGCCUCCAGCUGUUGCAAAACUACAACUCCCAGCAUGCCCGGACAGCCUUUGGCUGGAGGCACCCUGGUUGGGAAACACUGGUAUAUACAGAUACAUUUCGGCCUAAGAUAUUCACUAUAUACAGAUAAGUAUCGGCCUAAGAUAUUCAUUAUAUACUCCCACUUUAU